AUGGAUUCAACACAAGGUGCAGAGCCGCUGCUCGUCAACGGUGCUUCGCUGCACGUAGUUAACGGUGUCAAUGGCGAGAGGCCGGCGAGUCCUCCUUCAGUUGGCAACCUCGCACUGACCGAGUACAGCGCGCAGCCAUCGCCGCCAUCGGAGGAUGCCACGACCAGCAAGAUGAAGGACAUUGUUCCUGAUGAGUUCCUGCUUCCGAACGGUCACGUAGAUUACCUGCGCCUCAUCAUCACCUCUUUCCCUCGUGUCCGGGAAGUCUGCAGUGAGGUGCCUCUAACCCGGGCUGUCAACCUGAGCAACCGCCUCGAGUGCAACGUCCUCCUUAAGCGUGAAGAUGAACAGCCCGUUUUUAGCUUUAAGCUUCGUGGCGCCUACAACAAGAUGGCCCAUCUCGACCCCAAGGAGUCCUGGAAGGGUGUGGUCUGCUGCAGUGCCGGCAACCACGCCCAAGGAGUAGCAUACUCCGCCCGCAAGUUGAAGAUCCCCGCUACUGUCAUCAUGCCCAAGGGCACCCCCAGCAUCAAGCAUCUCAACGUUUCCCGCAUGGGGAGCCACGUCGUUCUCCAUGGCGCCGAUUUCGACGAAGCAAAGGAGGAGUGUGCGCGAAGGGCCAAGUCGGACGGCCUCAUCAACAUCCCCCCUUUCGACGACCCGUAUGUAAUCGCCGGGCAAGGCACCAUCGGCAUGGAGAUCUUGUCACAGACCAAUUUGCAGAAGCUGCAGGCCAUCUUCUGUGCUGUUGGCGGCGGUGGAUUGAUUGCGGGUGUUGGUGUCUACGUGAAGCGCAUCGCCCCCCAUGUCAAAAUCAUCGGCGUCGAGACCUAUGACGCGGACGCCAUGACCCAGUCACUCGCCAAGGGUGAGCGUGUCCUUCUCAAAGAUGUUGGUUUGUUUGCCGAUGGUGCCGCCGUCAAGACGGUUGGUGAGGAGACCUUCCGGAUCUGCCAAGAGGUCGUUGACGAGAUGGUCCACGUCACCACCGACGAGGCUUGUGCCGCCAUCAGAGACAUGUUCGAAGACACGCGCUCCAUCAUAGAGCCCGCCGGCGCGCUGGCCGUUGCCGGACUCAAGAAGUGGGUUGCUGCCAACCCAUCCGCUGACCCCACCCGGUCCGUCGUUGCCAUCACAUCCGGUGCAAACAUGGACUUUGAUCGCCUGGGCUUCGUCUCCGCGCGUGCCAAGUACGGUGAGGGCAAAGAGGCCCUUCUCUCUGUUAAUAUCCCCGAACGCCCUGGCGCUUUUGCUGAGUUGGUCAACGCUAUCAUGCCACAUGCCAUCACCGAGUUCAGCUACCGAUAUGCUACUGAAUCCGAGGCAAACGUCAUGGUUGGCAUUUCGCUCGCAGACUCCGGCAGCCGCCGGGCAGAGCAACUACAGGCCAUCAUCGGCCGUAUCAGGCAGUCUAGUGACAUGGACGUAACAGAUCUGUCCGCUGACGAGCUUGCCAAGAGCCAUCUUCGGUACAUGGUUGGCGGCCGCUCGAGCGUGCCCAACGAAAGACUUUAUACUUUCCGCUUUCCCGAGCGGCCAGGCGCCCUCUCGAGCGUUUCUUGCGUCUCUUGA